AUGGUCUUGAUCUCCUCCCUUACCAAAGAAAUCAAAUUUGUUCUUGCUGCCUCCUAUGUGCUCUUUGCUGUUGUCUCUGAUGCCGCUCCUACCACCAUUCCUCUCAUUGAAAGAUCUUCCGCUUCUUCAAGCAAUGUUACUCACGUCAAUGGCACCUUGACUGAUGCCGAUGUAACUCUUCCUCCCUUGAUCCCUAAACGUGUUAUUCCUGCUACCAAGGUUCCUCAUGAUUACGAUGUUGAAUCUGAGUACGUUACCAAGAAUACUCAAUGGUACAAUGAGCAUGGUGGCAAUUACACUCUUACGAAGCGUGAUGAAAUCGAAACAGUCGGUAACUUUACCAUGGAUCUUCCUCCCAAUCCUCCUCACUUCCCCGCCUAUCCCAAGGACGACUUGGUUAUCAAGGCUAAUGCCAAAAAGAUCGAGGAACUUGCCAAGUAUGCUGGUAUUGCUGCUACUGCUUACUGCCGUGAUGUUGUUCCUGCUAACAAUUGGAAGUGCGAGCAAUGUUUGAAACAAGUACCUGAUGGCAAGCUUAUCAAGACCUUCACCUCUUUUGUCUCUGAUACCAAUGGUUUUGUCUUGAGAAGUGACAAGGAAAAGGUCAUCUACCUUGUCUUCCGUGGCACUAACUCCAUCAGAAGUAGCAUUGCUGAUAUCCAAUUUGAUUUCACCACUUAUCCCAAUGUGAAGGGCGCCAAGGUGCAUAGAGGCUUCUUGAACUCUUAUAAUGAAGUUGUUCGCUCCUUUUUCCCUGAUAUUCAAGACCAAAUCACCGCCUUUCCUUCUUACAAAGUUAUCGUUACUGGACAUUCACUUGGUGCUGCUCAAGCUUUGCUUGCUGGUAUGGAUCUUUACCAACGUGAUUCCAGAUUGUCUGCCAAAAAUUUAGCCAUCUACACUGUUGGCAUGCCCAGAACAGGAAAUGCUGCUUUUGCUUAUUAUGUUGAUUCAACUGGCAUUCCCUUAUCUCGUUCUGUCAACGAAAGAGACAUUGUACCUCAUGUUCCUCCUCAAGCUUUUGGCUAUCUUCAUCCUGGUGUUGAAGCUUGGAUCAGAUCUUCUGGAAGUGUUCAAAUCUGCACCGAUAGCGUUGAAUCCGACUUGUGCUCCAAUAGCAUUGUGCCCUUCACUACCAUCUCUGAUCACUUGAGCUAUUACGACAUCAACCAAGGUCUCUGCCUCUAA